AUGGAUGUUGAUACUAUAAAAAAUCUAAUUAAAAAUAGCACUGUCACCAGCAAUGAAAAAAAUAUCAAAAAAGACUCUGGACAUGACCUGUGUGUUCAAGAGAGUCUUAAACCGUACCAGCUUUCUUCGUGCCCUAAUGCUAUCAAUGAUGACCAAAUUACUUGUCUCUCAAAACAAAAAGCUAUUCCUGAAGUCGUAAUGAUUUUACAAAACAUUGACUGGACUCCCUACAGAGACUAUCCUUAUUUGCUUUUAGAUUUACUAUCGAAUCCAACUGAUAUUCGUACUCGAUGUAAACCUGUUGCAUCUUACUCUGAGAUCAUAGAUUCAAAAGUAAUCAAUAGAAAUGAUAGAUAUACAUUCACUCAGAAGAAAGGAACACUUACCACUGAAUCUUGGUUCGAAGGUACCACUACGGAAGUUGGUGUUGCCAUUGAGAUCUUUGAUGGCUGUGCACCAGUCACGACAGGCUAUUUCUAUUAUAAAUCAAUAUCACAAGAGAAUCUGAAAUGGAAAGAAAUGAUGAAGGUAGGACAUUACUUAUUCUAUCAAAAUAAAGUACUCUAUGUGUUUCAAAUGGAAUUUCCUAGUCUAUCGGUAUCACAAAUUGAAAAAGUGGCAGAGUGUUUCAAUUUGUGUCAUCAAUAUCAAUGUUUGGUGCCAAAGGUUUACUUCAGAGGUAGAAGCUUAUUCUAUUUUGUAGAUAUGUAUAAAGAUGAACCAUUCUAUAAGCUAUACUCUGAUCAACUCUAUCAAACAUGUUCAAAAGAGGAGAUUAUUGAUUAUUUAUUAGGUGAUGGAUAUAAUAGAUGGUAA